UGAGCUGGUCCACAAUUAGCUUAUUGUUCCUUUCAGCUUUCUGCUGAGAGGAUCUGAAGGACUGCUGAAGAGAGGGGAGAGGGGGGAAAAAAAAAAAGAAAAUAGCCAAGCUAUUGGCAUCUCUGUGGAUGUGGAAUAAGGGAGUUGCUCGACUCACGCAGACUCCCGUGCUAAGUCGGGAGUUACAGCUGUUACUGCGGAGCACUCAGCCCGGCUGUGGGGACGGCGCCUGGCGAGAGGCACAGACCCAGUCAAGCUCCAGGCUCUUCUCUCGUCUGACUCACCUCAGCAUCACAAUGGAGCCCAACAGCCCCAAAAAAAUACAGUUUGCUGUGCCCCUGUUUCAGAGUCAAAUAGAUCCAGAGGCAGCUGAGCAGAUAAGGAAAAGACGGCCUACACCAGCAUCACUCGUCAUCAUGAAUGAACAUGUGCCCCCAGAAAAAGAUGAGAAGAGAACAAGCAUCUCACAGGCAGAGUCCCAGAGCGCCUCUCCCAAGCAGAGGAAGCAGAGCGUCUUCACCCCUCCUGCCCUCAAAGGGAUUAAGCAUCUGAAGAGUCAGAGUGAUUCAGUGUUUCCAGAAGAAGAAGAGGGAGCUGGUGAAAGGGAAGAGGAGUGGGGCCAUUAACCAGGGCAGAGCUGUCCCAAGCCCCGUCAUGGAGAGUAACUGAACUGCGGGGCCAUGUGUGUGCCAGAUCCUCCACCACCCGCCCCAUGUGCCACCAGGGCUCCCCGGAAAGUGCCCUCUAAUGGGCUUCACAGACACCUGCAAAUGUGUCCUGUGACCCCUAUACCUGAAGAUAAAACGGUUAUUUUAAAGUAAUUUUUCUUUCAUUUUCUAUGACUUGGAAAUGUAAUCUGCAAACGUGUUAGCUACCUGACGUCAGUACUGCCAGAGCUUGACUACUGCGUGUGAGUUGUACUCUAAGGUUUGUUGUAAAUAAAACGGAUUUAAAAGGUAUAAAAUAAAUGAGACAUUAAUUUCGA